AUGCUUAGCAGCUUUGGCAGAUCGGAGGUGCGUUGGCUUCAGGCUGAAGGGCUCUGGCAGCAAGCCCUCAGUCUCCUCGAGAAUGCGAAGUCGGAACGCAAGCACGUGGAUGCCGUCACCUACGGUGCGCUGGUGGGUGCGUGUGCCAGGGGACAGCAGUGGAGGCCUGCCGUGGCACUGCUGUCGGAAGCCGAGAGCUGCAGGCUGCACUUGAACGUGGUAACCUGCAACAUGGCCAUGGGCGCCUGUGCGACGGCAGGAGAGUGGCAGGUGGCUCUUGCUUUGCUCUCUGACGUGGCGGCAUCUGCGGAGCCUGACCUGGUGACUUACAAUGCUGCGAUCAAUGCCUGCAAGGAGGCAAGUACUUGGCACAGUGCCAUGGAGCUCUUCCAGGAUUUGCAGGUUAGCCGUCUCCAGCCGGAUGCCUUCACACUCGGCGUCGUGGUUAGUGCGUGCGAGAUGGGAAGUCAGUGGCCACAGGCAGUGGAGUUGCUGUCGAGGCUCCCAGAAGGUGCCGGCGGAGAUGCAGCCGUGGCAUACAACAGGGCUGCAUAUGCCUGUGCAAAAAGCGAUGUGUGGGAGCAGGCUCUUCAGGUGAUAUGCACGAGCACCAAGAAGCAGGUCCGGAGCUACAGCAGCACUUACAAUGCAUUGAUAGGUGCCUGUGCGAGGCAGAAGGAGUGGUUGCAAGCUCUGGGUUUGCUCUCGAUGGCGUGGGAGCAGCGGGUGGGCCCCGAUCUCUUGGGCUACAACAUUGCCAUGGCUUCCUGCAAUCAGUGUGAGCGUUGGGAGCAGGCCCUGGAAUUGGGUCGGAUGUUGCUGCGACAGCGGCUGCAUGAAGAUGCCACCACGCUGCAACUUGCCGUGAGUGCAGCUGAGCUGGGUAGCCUGUGGCUUGAGGCACUUCAGCUUGUCGGAGAAUUGACGAGCAGACGGCUGGAAUGCCCUGCUUUGACAUGCGGCCAAGCCAUAAGCACAUGCGCAUCGCACGCCGCCUGGCAAGGUGCGCUGUAUGUGCUGCGGAUGCCAGAGGCAGAGGUACGAGGCUCCGUCAUCGUGCAAACCAAAGCCAUAUCUGCAUGUUCCCGAAGCCUUCUGUGGCAACGAGCUUUGUCUCUCGGCCGCGAUGGCUCCGACUUGCAUGACCCUGGCGGGCAGCCAGACUUGCUAAUGUACAUGACCUGGAUGGGUGCCUUGGAGAGGGAGGCUGAGUGGCAGCAGGCAGUGCUUUUGCUAGACGGCCUGGUCCAUCAUCGGCUGGUUCCGGAUUCCCUCUUGUGGUCCAGCUUCGUGAAAACCUGCGAGAAUGCUGGCCCACCAGCAUUGUCUUUCUUAUCGCACAGCGAUAGGUUAGAUGGAGAUGAUGCGAUGCUCAUACUGGCCAUAGCAGCAAUGGGCAGGAAGGGCGAGUGGGAGCGGGCUCUGCACGUGCUUUAUCGACAAGUGCCCGGAGCAACUGCAAGCGUGCACAAUGCUGCCAUAACUGCUUGCUCUGCAGCUUCUCAGUGGGAGAGGGGCCUGCUACUCUUUGCAUCGAUGAGUGACAAGCAGGUGAAGAUGGAUGCUAUAACCUUUGGAGCUGCAAUGCGAGCUUGCUCCGAGGCUGGUUGCUGGCAGCUUGCACUGGACAUCUUUGGGCAGAUGGAUCAGAUGCAAGUGGAGAGGGAUGCAAUAAGCUUCAAUAUUGCUAUGGGCGCCAUGCAACCAGCUGGGCAGUGGCAAAGGGCUUUAAGUCUGUUUUCGGACUUGCGGGCGACCACCACGGAGCCAGACCAAAUUGCGUGUGCAUCAUGCGUUCGAGCUUGUGCCGAAGACACUUGCUGGCAAAGGGGACUACAGCUACUGUUCGAAACUGGUCCAGCGGUCCUCGACGAAUCUCUUCGGAAUGCAGCGAUCAGUGCAUGUGGCAAGGGUGGUCAGUGGCGUGUAGCAAUGCAGCUGUUGGCAGAUGGCCGGAAUCAUCCGGGCAGGGUCAGUCUUGUGACCUACAAUGCAGUCAUGAAUGCAUGUGGGGUCGGUUCGGAGCCAUCGAUGGCUAUGGCUCUGUUCGAGCGCCUGCCUGAGCAGUCACUCCAGCCGGACGAGUUCACUUAUGCCACUGUAAUGGAGGUGUCGGGUGCGCGUGCAUUGGCCUUGCUGAACCAGUUUGAGAUGGAUCACUUGCAGCCGAGCUCGGUGGUAUGCACAAGUGCCAUGCAGGGCUGCAGCAGGGGAUUACUGUGGCAAGAAGCAGUGACGCUGUUCUCACGAAUGCAAAAGACAAACUUACAGACAAACUUGAUCACCUUUAACACGCUGCUCGAUGCAUGUGCGAACGGUGGGGAGUGGGAGGGAGCACUGCAAGUGCUUGGCCAACUCCGAGAUGCAAUGCUCGAGGCAAGCGGCUUCUCUUACGUCGCCGUGAUGCAGGCAACGGCAAGGGCCAACCUCUGGGAGACUGGCUUGCACAUCCUUGCCGACAUGGAGGAACAAAAAAUCAAGGUGACGGUGAUGUUGCGCAAUAUUGUGUUGAGUGCCUGCGCAAGUGCUGCGUACUGGCAGACUGCGAUGCGACUCCUUGAUGGUUUCCAGCAGUCGGGUCUGGAGUUGAGCACGGUCUCCCACGACACGGUCUUGGACGCCUGUGCGAGAGCUCUCCAGUGGGAGCGUGGUCUGGUUAUGCUGGACAAGAUGUGGUCAGCGAAACUGGAGAGGGACGUGAACACCUACCAGCGCAUGGUGGGACUGGGAACGGCUGUGUCAGGUGAUGCAAGUGGCAUGGAUGCUCAACAGCGCAUAGCGGUCGCCGUUGCCAUUUUCUGGUUCGUCUUCGUUGCCGAUCUGUCGCUGUAUGGUUGGAUUCUCAAUGUGGAUUGCCGCUACGUUGAGGCUCUGCCAGGCAUGCCGGACAGUUACUCGGGCAGCGAGUCUCGGCAGUGCGACGACUGUGGUACUCAUGUGUCACAUCCACGCGUGAAGCAUUGCCAAAGCUGUGGCUGGUGUAUGGAGGACAUCUAUGACUUGACCUCAGCGGCAUUUGGACCCUCUGCGAAGUUCAGCCUAUCCUACGAGGGACAACUCCUCACACGACUCGCGUCACUCGAACGGCCAUUCCUCAACGCUACCGGUGACUCCGUGGUGGUUCAUUGCACGGUAGGCUGCUACGACGAAACCCAGCUCUCGAUUUUCGACGACUGCCUUACAAGCCUGGUUCGACGCGGGCGCCACAACUUUGCAAUGUUUGCUUUGGACUCCUCUUCAGACAUGAAGGACCUGGGCGACCUCCUGGCCCAAAGCGAAAACAAGGAGCUGCUCAGCUGGGUCGCCUACACCUCGGGCGGAGCACGCAGCGGCGGCGUUGCUAGCGGCCAGCCGCUGCCCGGAGCUCUGGGGCUGCUGUGGCGCCUGAUGCGAUUGUGCCCACAGCAAGUCCGUCGCCGUGAUCCGGAAACAGGCAAGCUGCCGCUGCACGAUGCCGCCUGGGGCCACGCACCCUUCGAGGCAGCAGUUAUGCUAGCCGCGGCCAUGCCUUCAGCGCUGACGGACCGCAGGAAUCGCAACCUAGAGUCACCCCAUGAC